AAUUGGUGACUAAGGAAACUGCAGCUCAGGGGUUGGGGGGCUCCCAGGGGUCUGUCUCUGCUCUUCCAGAGCAGCCCUGUGAGGUUUCGGGACUCUGAGGAGCAGCUCUGUGGGACCAGAUGAGGCUGAUGUGACCCAUCUGAGCCUUAAGGAGUCCUGUGGGACUCAUUAGAGGUUUAAUAACUAAACUUGGCUGGUUUGAUUGAGGAGAAGCUUGUGCAGGCUUGGCACAGUCUCAGAGAAACCAGCUCAUGCUGCUGGCAGGAGAAAGGGCUUUCUGCAUGUGCUUGUCAUAUGUGUGCAGAGAAAGUGAUAACCCAGCUUCCAGGUGGGAAAAGAGCUGGGGAUGGGGGAGAAAAGACCUUGGUUACACUGAAUUUAUACAGGGAAUGCAAAGAAAUAUCGUGAGUGAGUGGUAACGAGAAUUGUCCCCUCAGAGUUAGGGGAACAUUUUAAUCUCUCUACCAAGAAAGCAAUUUCUGGCUGCUUAGGUCUGCUUCUAGAGGUGACCACUGUCUCCUUGUGGAUACACCACUGCAAUUACUAAUUUAUUCAAGAAACUCAUAAAAUAGGGUCUUAGGUAAAGUGUAACUUUGCAAUAAUACACAGCCAUGGGGCUGGGGCAAAUAUUCACCAUGAUGCAAUUUACCGUGUUAGAAUAAUGGAAAUAAAAGUACUGAAGCUGAGUGUGUGAGCAUUGUUGGGGAUGUGUGAUACAUACAAGAGCCAAAUUAUCUACUCCAGACUUGUCUUGCCUGCUCUACCAGGGAUAAUUACUAGUGUAAAACUUCUACCUUGCUAUUAGGAAAACUACAGACAAGCUUGCUACAGCAAAUUAGGCUGUAGUAACUGACCUGAAUUCAUCUUACCUGCCUAAGCAAAAGGUGAGCCUUGAGGACACUGGGAGACUGUAGCUUCUGAAUGUGAGACAUUGCCCUGUGAUUAGAAGAAAGCCAUGGGGAAAAACAAGAAAGAAGAGGCCAUUUUCCUGAGGAAAAAGAUAACUCUGCUGAGGGCUUUCUCGCUGCUCAUCGGCAGCAUGGUUGGCAGUGGCAUCUUUAUUUCCCCCAAGGGAGUGCUGCAAAACUCGGGCAGUGUGGGAUUCUCCCUGGUUGUCUGGUUUUCCUGUGGACUCCUCUCCAUGUUUGGUGCCUUGUGUUAUGCAGAGCUUGGAACAAGAAUUACCAAGUCUGGAGGACAUUAUAUCUACAUUUUGGAGACACUAGGGCCUCUGCCAAGCUUCUUAUUCCUGUGGGCGGAGUUUUUUGCUAUCAGGCCUGCCAACAGUGCUGUGGUUUCCCUGGCGUUUGGACGAUACAUGCUGGAGCCUUUUUUCGCCCCCUGUGCUGCCCCUGUCCCUGCAGUGAAGCUCGUAUCUCUCCUGGGCUACUACAUGGUCCUCACCCUCAAUUCCUGGAGCGUCACCUGGAGCGCGCGGCUGCAGACGGCGCUCUCCAUUGUCAAACUCCUGGCUCUUGCACUCAUCAUCGUGCCAGGGAUGAUGCUGCUGGCCCAGGGCCACACCGAGCACUUCCAGGAUGCUUUUGACAGACAGUCGCUGGUUCUGGACAAGCUCCCCCUGGCUUUCUAUGCAGGCAUGUUCGCAUACUCCGGCUGGUUUCAGACCAGCUUUGUGCGUGAAGAGUUGGUCAAACCUGAACGAAAUAUCCCCCUGGCUGUCAUCGUGUCUGUGAUCAUGGUAAUUGUGGGGUACAUGCUCACCAACGUCUCCUAUUACACAGUCCUGGGAACACAAGAUGUUCUGGCUUCUCCUGCUGUGGCUGUGAGCUUUGUGCAGCGAGCCUUCAAAAGCCUGAUCUCCGUGGUCCCUGUCCUUGUUGCACUGUCCUGCUUUGGAACCCUGAAUGGAGGAAUCUUCACAUUUUCAAGGACUCUGUUUGUGGCUUCCAGGGAAGGGCAGUGGCCUCCUCUCUUCUCCAUGAUCCACAUUCGAAGGCACACCCCCCUUCCUGCUGUCAUGUUAAUGUUCCCUUUGGUCACUGUCAUGGUGUGCAUUGGAGACAUUUACCAUCUACUGAACUUCUUCAGCUUUUCCCGAUGGCUCUUCAUAGGACUGGCCACCCUCGGGCUCAUCGUGCACCGCCACCGUCACCCAGAGCUGCACAGCCCCUUCAAGGUUCCCCUGUUUGUUCCUGUCUCUUUUACCAUCAUCUGCCUCUUCACAGUGGCAAUGUCUUUCUACUCAGACCCUGUGAGCAUUAGCAUUGGAUGCACCAUGGUUUUGAGUGGUUUUCCAGUCUACUACCUCAUAAUUCACAGGCAGAUGUCAGACCGCUGCCGCAACCUCUUUUAUUAUCUUACACACAAACUACAGUUACUGCUGGAAGUUGUCCAACAAGAAAUCAAGACUUACUGAGAAUACCAUCAGGACUCACAGAAGACAAAAAUCUACUUAGACCAUUUUUGACACUUUUGAUCCUACCAAAAGCAGGCCGUGUUUUAUUCUUUUUAGUCAGUGCAACUGAGGAUGACUGAGCCAAAACCUUGCUGCAAGUGCUCCUGAGCUUGCCAAUCGGGAUCUGUUCCUGCCCUUUUCUUCUUUUCAGAAGAGCAAACUAGUUCUCUGAAAUGAGCUUUCUUUGCCUGCUGAGUGUCUUUGAAACCAAGAUCCUAAUUUUGCAGCCUAGCCCAGUCCUGAGUAAAAUUGAGUGUGUGUGUAUGUGUGUGUGUACAGAGACAAUAUUUUGUUUUCCUAGCUUGGCAAGUAGAGGAAGUGGGCAUGUUGCAGAACUUAGAAUCCAAUACAUGGAAGCCAAAUGCAAGUUUCAAAGAGAACUACUAUAGUAGCCUUGUUGUGGACAAGGGGAAGGGUUGGGGAGAGCAAAUUAGAAAUAAGGCAGAUAAGCUGGAAAGGGGAAUGCAGGGGGAUAAAAUUUUACGAGAAAGUGCAGAUUGAGCUAAUGAGAAGAUAUUUUAAAUUCAAGUAUUAAUGAAGUACAGUCAGAAUGUUUUGCUUUGAUUUUUGUAUAAGGAGAAUGAGUUUUUUUAGCUUUGAAAUAAUCUUUCAACUUUGAAUUUUACUUUUCUGAAAUUACACUUUAAAAUGUACAAAUGCAUUAAAAAAAAAUCAGUUAAAUAUCAACUAGAAUAUGACAGAAUAGAUUCUGGUCCCUCCCCCAACUUCCCAGACCUUCUCCUCACCAGUGAAGUUGAAAACUCAGAAUUUGGCCUAGCUCCAGUAAAAUACAAUUCCUCCUUUAAUUAGACGGGACCACUGAUGAGACUUGGGCACAUUCCUGAAUAAGUGCUUCUUUUGGUGCUGUAAGAAGACAUGAGUGACUUCACAUCCAAGCUUUAACUUGGCAAUUGCACAUGACUUGCUGAUUUAAUCCAUAAAUGCUCAUUUGAACUAAUGGCACAAGAAAGGUUUCCAUUAUUGGAUUACUUUGGUUUACAUUAUUAAUGUGGCAAUGUUAUGUCCAGAUAAAACAGCAAUUAGCUAUUUACAAUCACAUAAUCAUUAUCUGGUUCCUAAAAGAUCGGAAACAGCGUGCUGAGACUCCUCUAAUGACUGCUGGAAAGAGGAACAGCAGAAUGUGGAGCAUUUUUUAAUCCUUUGUGUCAAACAUUGAUGUACUUAAAAUAAAAAAGUACUAUU